GAGUAAGUAAAGGCCCGAUACAUAAUGUGCAAGUUUUGACAGAAUACAAGCUUAAUUACAAGUGUUAGUACCAUUUGUUGUGGACAAAUAAUUUGCUAACUACAAGUCACAGGGCAUAGUGUGACAAUAACAAUAAUAAGAUGAGCGGAGAGAGCACAAAACCGUACAUAGUGAAGAAAUGCAUUACCCUUUUGCUUUCAUGUGCUUCCUCAACUUACAAAUUCAAGCAAGUUCAUGCAUUUUCCAUCAGGCGCCGAAUCCCUUUAUCAAACCCACAUAUGGGCAAGUACUUGAUUUUUACUCUAGUUUCUCUUUCGGGUCCAAUGUGUUAUGCUCAACAAAUCUUUAAUCAAAUUCAAUUUCCAAAUAUUUUCACUUGGAAUACAAUGAUUAGAGGUUACGCUGAAAGUAUAAAUCCAUAUCCAGCAAUUGAAAUACACAAUGACAUGUGUGUUAAUUCUGUUGCCCCUGACACACAUACAUACCCUUUUCUUCUAAAAGCUAUUGCCAAGGUGAUUGAUGUUAGGGAAGGAGAAAAGGUGCAUUGCAUUGCAAUUAGAAAUGGGUUUGAAUCGUUGGUGUUUGUUCAGAAUUCCUUGGUUCAUUUUUAUGGAGCAAUUAGUCAAGCUGAAAACGCUCAUAAGGUGUUUGAGGAAAUGUCUGACAAGAAUCUUGUCGCAUGGAAUUCAGUUAUUAAUGGCUAUGCUUUGAAUAGUCGACCUAAUGAGACAUUGACCCUUUUUAGGAAAUUGGUUUUGGAAGGUGUUAGGCCUGAUGGGUUUACUUUGGUUAGUUUGUUGACUGCUUCGGCUGAGCUUGGUGCGUUAGCGUUGGGUAGAAGGGCGCAUGUGUAUAUGUUGAAGGUGGGAUUGGAUAAGAAUUUACAUGCUUCAAAUGCACUUUUGGAUCUUUAUGCUAAAUGUGGGAAUGUGAAUGAGGCAGAGCAAGUUUUUCAUGAGUUGGAGGAGGAUAGUGUGGUGUCAUGGACAUCUUUGAUUGUAGGUUUGGCUGUCAAUGGUUUUUGUGAGAAAGCACUUGAGCUUUUCGAGGAAAUGGAAAGAAAAGGAUUUGUGCCUACUGAGAUCACAUUUGUCGGGGUCUUGUAUGCCUGUAGCCAUUGUGGUUUGGUGGACAAAGGGUUUGCUUACUUUGAAAGGAUGCAAAAAUUGUUUGGAGUUAAACCGAAAAUUGAGCAUUAUGGGUGCAUGGUUGAUUUGUUAGGAAGGGCUGGUUUAGUUGAAAAGGCAUACAAGUAUAUUAAAGACAUGCCAUUGCAACCCAAUGCUGUGAUUUGGCGAACAUUACUUGGUGCCUGCUCAAUACAUGGUCAUUUAGCUCUGGCAGAGAUGACUAGAAAUCACCUUAAGCAGUUAGAACCUAAUCAUUCUGGGGAUUAUGUGCUCCUUUCAAAUCUUUAUGCAGCCGAGAGGCGUUGGUCAGAUGUGCAUCAACUAAGGACCACUAUGCUUAAAGAAGGGGUGAAAAAAGUCCCAGGGCAUAGCCUUGUUGAGUUAGGUAAUCGGGUGCAUGAAUUUGUUAUGGGAGAUAGGUCCCAUCCUAAAAAUGAGGCUAUAUAUGCUAUGCUUGGAGAAAUGACAAGAUUGCUGAGAUUGGAAGGCUAUGUCCCUCAUACAUCAAAUGUGCUUGCUGAUAUAGAGGAAGAGGAGAAGGAGACUGCUUUGGCUUACCAUAGUGAAAAAAUUGCAAUUGCAUUCAUGUUAAUUAGUACGCCGCCUGGGACCCCUAUUAGAAUUGUGAAGAACUUAAGAGUCUGUGCUGAUUGCCACCUUGCCAUUAAACUAAUAUCUAAGGUUUUUGAACGCGAGAUAGUGGUUAGAGAUCGUAGCCGGUUUCACCAUUUCACCAAUGGAUCUUGCUCUUGUAAAGAUUAUUGGUAGAACAUAAUUGUGGAAUUCGAACUGGGCUUUGCAUAAGUUGCUUAAAUUAAAGCAAAUCCUUCUGGAAAAGAACGAUGAUGGAGAACAAGAUCUGACAACAUCUGCAUUCUGUUCGAGGAAAGGUUAACAAGAUAGAUCAAGAUAGGACAUUUCUUGGUGGACAGAUAUGUAAACUCUAUACGUUCUGAAGAAAAAUUCCUCAACACCGUUCGAUGGUGUUUUGGGUAUCAUAUCAAGAGAUGGGCCUGGGCUCUAUAUAAGUCACAAAAAAGGGAAAGUGUUUUCUUAUCCUAAGCAAAUGGGAUUCAUUCACUUUUCACUAAACCUUUAAUAACAUCAGCUGGUAUAAAUCAAGUAUCUAAGAGUUGUUCCGAAUUCCUUCCUUAACCUGUUGAUACACAUUCCAUUUCAAGUUGACAAUGAGCUACAUGGGUUCUCAAACUUUUAUGCUCAAAAUAAAUAAAUAUCUUUAAAGGUGUAUUUUAGGCCCAACAUGCUCCCACAACAACAAGAUGCAUGGUUGGGACACACACCCUUGGAGCUGUAGUAUUCAAGAUCUUUUAGGUUAGUGGAAGCAGUUGAAGCAAGUGUUGCCCAGUGUAGAUCAGGAAGUGAGUGGAUUGUGAAUUUUAGCAUAAACUGCUUUGAUUGGGAAGUAACAAGCAUGUCCAUGAAAUAUGAUCCGAAAAACUAUGGCUCAAUACAGAAUGGGUUGUUGAAGGCAUGAUGCAUGUUUGACUUAUGUGGUGGCAUAGUUCCAGAAACCAGACAAAGAUCGAUCAUGGGGUGGACUAUAUUGCUUGGUGGACUUCUGUAUUGCAUAGAGAAUCGCUUACACUGUUCACCAUGAGAAGUCCUCCAUGCCUGAAGUCUUUGUUAGCCAUCAGCAAUGAUUCGAUCAAAAUUGCCAAUCCUGGCCAACCUUCUGUUCUGCUACAAAGAUUCUUCAUUCCUGUUGAAUUUCAUGGAUUUAGUGCGGUUUUGUCCAAAGAUGAACUAGAAACUUUGAAGAAGUCUCGGAUCUCCGGCCUUCAUUUCAGCUCAUAAUUAAUGACAGUUUUUUGGUUAAGUUGCUUCAGGCAUCUGGCCAGAUAUGCUGUCUAGCUACAAGGAUGAUGGCAUGCCUGAAAUCCCAAAAAAGAUGGAAGGCAAUUGAUGUUUAGCCAUUUAUUCAUCCAUUGUUUGCCUCACAUGUAGUAUUUCAAUCGUUUUUUAGUACAAAUUAUUGGGUAUUGAUUUCGUCA